AUGAGCCGGAUUCGCCAUGAGUCCGUCGGUGAGCAGUCAGCCAAAAGCAAGGACAUGGAACACCGAUUUCCUUCACCAAAAGUAGAUUCGGAUCAGUUUCUGAGGAUCGUUUCAUGGCAAGAAUCAAUUCCAGCUCAGGAAAACCCUAGUCCGACCCCUACGUCGGACAUUGCAGGAACGGUUCGCUCGUGGUACAGAAGCCUCUCACGUCGAACACUGUUCAUCGGUCUCAUCGUCCUCCUCGCCGUACUCUUCAUCAUCGCCAUCAUCAUCACCGUUGUCGUGGUGUUCGUGUUCGAGAACCAUGACGACCAUGCUUUCACUGCUAUCGUCUUCACAAUGAGCAGCUCAUCCCCUCCAACACCAACGCCGUUUCCGUUCCCAGUUGGCUUCGUGGUCGGCACCCUAUUCCGCUACAUUCCACUCGGUGAAUUCAUCUCCUACGGCAACAACUCCUUAUCGCUGCUUAACAACGACACCGUUUCCAAGAGCAGAGUCCUUCUGGACACCUUGAACUGCACUUCUUGCACGGUGCUGGCAGCGGACGACCGCUGCUUCUCAGCAACUAGCAACAUCUGCUACCAGUCACAAACCAUCUACUGCUGUACAAACUGCACCUAUGGGGCUAAUUUUUGCCGAGUUAAGGGAGUCCUCUAUGAGUUCUACGACCAACUUGUGGAGACGCGAGUAUUCUCAAACGCAGAUGGUUUACAACUCACAGUAGCCUCCCAAAUAACCUCGCCCUCAUGCGCCGUGCAAACUCAUCGAAUCGCUGCCAACGGCACUAUUUUUUCUGGAUCAAUUAAAAGCUGCCAGUCGCCACAUCACCAAAUGAGCCCUAAAUACGCUUACCUGUCAUCAACGACGCUCGAUCCGGAUUCCGCCAUCUAUACCGACAUUUUGACGGUGAUCGACUCUGAUGGGAAUGUUCAGCUGACCAAUGUCUCAUCUAGUACUGCUCUUACUUAUCUCCCCAUGAGAAUCAAGGUGAAUCUCGAUUUUCUUCAAAACAUAAAAGAGAACAAGGUCCUGAUUCAGGAUAGUGUGCUGUCCAUCGCCUCGACUGUACAAGAUGGCCAUCUUUUGGUCGCUAUUCUGCAGACAUCUCGUUUCUAUGCACUCCGAUAUAGUUUUAACACGAAAUGUGUCGCAGUGUUGAACAGUUACUAUCAAACGUUUCUCUUCUCAGGAGAGCUUCAGAAUUUCGCUUGGGCUGGCGACACAUUGAUGUUAUGGUAUGUGGACCGAAACGGCGUGAACAUCGUUCAGUUUCAAUUCCAGUGGGACGACAGGUGCUGA